CUCAGCACUCACAAAUACUGGAGAUAAGAAACAGAAUACCUUCCUUCUUCGUCUUCCUCACAAAGAGUCGCAAUGGCGGGAUUGCGAUUAUCAUGGACCUGCGCUCAUUCUAAUCCUGAGUCCUCAAAAUUCCUCUCUCGUUUCACUGCAGAGUCCAGUUUUCGGUGUACUUGGACGAGGCUUCCGUUGUUUAGAACUUCGGUUUCGAGUUCUGCAAGAAGGAAGCUAUGCAUUAGGAACGUAGCCAACGAUCAACAAAAGGAACUGAAGGAGCGCGUCAACGGAGAAGUUGUAGACGACUGCGAUACCUUUUUUCCAGAUUCGGAAUCCAUUGCUGCUAGUAUUAAGUACCAUUCGGAAUUCACGCCUUCUUUCUCUCCGGAGGGCUUUGGGCUUUCUAAGGCAUUCUAUGCUACUGCUGAAAGUGUUCGUGAUAUGCUUAUCAUCAAUUGGAAUGCUACGUAUAACUACUAUGAAAAGAUGAAUGUGAAGCAAGCCUACUAUCUGUCUAUGGAGUUUCUACAGGGUAGGGCAUUGCUAAAUGCAAUUGGAAAUUUAGAACUAUCAGGAGCUUAUGCAGAUGCUUUAAGAAUGUUAGGAUGUAAUCUCGAGGAGGUGGCAGAGCAGGAAUCAGAUGCUGCACUAGGAAAUGGAGGAUUAGGGCGGCUUGCUUCCUGCUUUUUGGACUCCCUGGCAACAUUGAACUAUCCAGCAUGGGGAUAUGGACUCAGAUACAAGUAUGGUUUGUUCAAACAGCUCAUUACAAAAGAUGGACAGGAGGAAGUGGCUGAAAAUUGGCUAGAGAUGGGCAAUCCCUGGGAGAUUCCAAGAAACGACAUCUCCUAUCCUGUGAAAUUCUAUGGUGAAGUCAUUUCUGGCGCAGAUGGAAGUAAGCAAUGGGUUGGAGGAGAAAAUGUAACUGCUGUUGCCUAUGAUGUUCCAAUACCAGGUUAUAAAACUAAAACCACCAUAAACCUCCGUUUGUGGUCCACAAAGGUUGCUCCCGAACAGUUUGAUUUGAAUUCUUUCAAUGUUGGAGAUCAUGCCAAUGCAUAUGCAGCCAUAAAGAAAGCUGAAAAGAUCUGUUACGUACUGUACCCCGGAGAUGAAUCACUGGAGGGAAAGACUCUUAGACUGAAACAACAGUACACAUUGUGCUCUGCUUCCCUUCAAGAUAUUGUCGCACGUUUUGAGAGGAGAUCCGGGGAGUCUGUGGACUGGGAAAAUUUUCCAGAAAAGGUAGCUGUGCAGAUGAAUGAUACCCAUCCUACACUCUGUAUCCCGGAGCUGAUAAGAAUAUUGAUGGAUGUGAAAGGCUUGAGCUGGAAAGAAGCUUGGGACAUCACGCGAAGGACUGUCGCCUACACAAAUCAUACAGUUCUGCCCGAGGCGCUGGAAAAAUGGAGUUUCCCCCUCAUGCAGGAAUUAUUUCCUCGACAUGUUCAGAUAAUUGAAAUGAUUGACAAGGAGCUCAUCCAUUCCAUCAUUGCUCAGUACGGUACAAAAGAUCUUGAGUUGUUGCAACAAAAGCUGAAGAAAAUGAGAAUUCUAGAAAAUUUUGAAUUACCAGACUCGGUCAUGGAACUGCUAGUAAAAUCAGCGGAGGAGCCUGCGGUCGAUCUCGUUGAGGAAGCUGAAAGUAUAGAUGAGGAAUCGUUACCUGAUAAAGAAGACGAGUCUGAAGACAAAGUUACUGUAAAUAAAGUAGAUGCUUCGUUUAAAGUUGAUCCAAAGCAUCCAAGGAUGAUUCGCAUGGCUAAUUUGUCUGUUGUUGGUGGGCAUGCUGUAAAUGGUGUUGCUGAAAUUCAUAGUGAAAUUGUUAGAACCGAAGUUUUUAGCGACUUCUAUGAGUUGUGGCCUGAGAAAUUCCAAAAUAAAACGAACGGAGUGACACCGAGAAGAUGGAUUCGUUUUUGCAAUCCGGAUCUGAGUAGAAUCAUCACAAAGUGGACUGGAACGGAGCACUGGGUGACAGAUACUGAGAAACUGGCAAUAUUACGAAAGGUAAAACUGUUCGCUGAUAACGAGGAUCUCCAGUCCAUAUGGAAGGAAGCUAGAAGAAGAAACAAAUUGAAAGUUGUCUCUUUUCUUGAAGAAAAAACUGGUUAUUUAGUCAGCCCUGAUGCAAUGUUUGAUGUACAGAUUAAACGCAUCCACGAAUACAAGCGGCAGUUGUUGAACAUCCUGGGGGUGGUCUAUCGUUAUAAACAAAUGAAAGAAAUGACUCUCGAGGAAAGAGAAGCUAAGUUUGUUCCUCGAGUCUGUAUCUUUGGCGGGAAAGCAUUUUCCACAUAUGUCCAGGCCAAGAGGAUUGUAAAAUUUAUUGUUGAUGUUGGAGCUACCGUCAAUAACGAUAGUGACAUAGGAGACCUUUUGAAGGUAGUCUUUGUUCCAGACUACAACGUGAGUGUAGCAGAAGUGCUCAUUCCUGGUAGUGAUCUAUCCCAGCAUAUCAGCACGGCGGGAAUGGAGGCCAGUGGAACCAGCAACAUGAAGUUUGCGAUGAAUGGCUGCAUACUAAUUGGAACAUUAGAUGGGGCAAAUGUGGAGAUAAGGGAAGAGGUUGGAGAAGACAACUUUUUCCUCUUUGGUGCAAGGGCGCAUGAAAUUGCUGGUCUAAGAAAAGAAAGGGCUGAAGGGAAGUUUGUUCCUGACCCACGGUUUGAGGAAGUGAAGGACUUCGUAAGAAGUGGGGUUUUUGGUCCCCAUAACUAUGAAGAACUCAUGGGAUCUUUAGAAGGAAAUGAAGGUUUCGGUCGGGCAGACUAUUUCCUCGUUGGCAAGGACUUCCCUAGUUACAUAGAGUGCCAAGAGAGGGUUGAUGAGGCCUAUCGAGAUCAAAAGAGAUGGACCAAGAUGUCGAUCUUAAACACAGCUGGUUCAUACAAGUUCAGCAGUGACAGAACCAUUCAUGAGUAUGCAAGAGACAUAUGGAAGAUUUCUCCACUACUGCUAUCUUAAAAGGUUUUGUUUCUUUUCUUUUUCCUGGAAAAUUUGCUCUACAACUCAUUGCUAUUGUAAUUUCCAAAUAACAUAGGAAGACAAAAACAGGAUAUGGACUUGAAUAUCUUAGCUUAUUCAAAAUUAAAGCUACUUCAUUGCAUAAGAAGUU